AUGCAUGGUGUACUUAUUGACCGGGGUUUGGAGGUAAAUAGAAAAUUAUGGCUUCAAACUUUGAAUGAAUUAGGGCAUAAACAUCUUCACUUAACCUUGCAAAAAGUACAGAUGACAAUUGAAGUGAGUGGUGCUUUCCCGUGGAAACCUGAUUGGAACACAUCACAUAUAUUAAAGGUUUGUAAUGUGUUUUUACUUGUUCCACAUAAGAUGACAAAAAACUUGGGACCAAAGUUGCAAAAAUCUUCUAUAUUUGAAGCAACCAAGAAUAAUAACUUAACUGGAACAGUUGAGAGCGCCUACAAAUCUGGAAAAAAGCUAAAAAAUACUCACAAUUAUAUGAUGUGGAUACCAAGAUCAUCUCCAUUGAACAGGGAUCCUGUAUUGGACUAUAUAUACAUACAUACAUCUCUGUGUCUUUUAUAUGAUGUUACCUUUACCCUGGUUUGUCCCCCAUUAAUUAUACUGGUAAUGCCAUCUCUUCCAUCAGCAAGUGGGGUUAAGAAGGGAAAUGACAACCAUCGCUUUUUCAUCCACCAAAACUAGAUGGAUGAUCUGUUAUAAAAGUGAUCACGAAAGGUGCUUUCCCAUGGAAACCUGAUUGGCACACAUCACAUAUAUGAAAGGUCUAAU